CACCAAACUGGGAACUAUCCUGACGAUCAUCAACAGCCCCUACUGCAGACCAACUAACGCUACGCUCCUUACUGAUGAUGACUCCAUCUUUGGUCUUUGUCUUGCUGGCUGUUCUAGGACAGAUCAGCGGCCAAUUAGAUCCUAAUAUUGCUAGAGGUGGAAACGUGAUUCAGUCCUCCCUGUAUGGGAAUGGCGUCCCUGAAAGGGCCAUUGAUGGAAAUCGUGCUAGCAACUGGGCACAGGGAUCCUGUACCCACACUAAGAAAGAUUUCAAACCAUGGUGGAGACUGGACCUCCUGAAGACAUAUCAGGUCAACACUGUCACCAUCACCAACAGAGGAAAUUUUUGUUGCCCCGAGAGAAUCAAUGGUGCCGAGAUCCGCAUUGGAAAUUCCCUCAAUGACAAUGGCAAUGAUAACCCCAGAUGUGCUGUAAUCUCAUUUAUGGCAGCUGGGACCUCCCAAACCUUUGUCUGUAAUGGAAUGGAAGGUCGUUAUGUCAACAUUGUGAUUCCUGGAAGACGAGAAUACCUGACACUGUGCGAAGUGGAAGUCACUGGUCAGGCUUUAGAUACUAAUAUUGCUAGAGGUGGAAACGUGAUUCAGUCCUCCCUGUAUGAGAAAGAGGUCCCUGAAAGGGCCAUUGAUGGAAAUCGUGCUAGCAACCUCGGCCAGGGAUCCUGUAGCGUCACUAACAAUAAUUUUAAACCAUGGUGGAGACUGGACCUCCUGAAGCCAUAUCAGAUCAACACUGUCACCAUCACCAACAGAGGAGAUUGUUGCCCUGAGAGAAUCAAUGGUGCUGAGAUCCGCAUUGGAAAUUCCCUCAAUGACAAUGGCAAUGAUAACCCCAGAUGUGCUGUAAUCUCGUUUAUGGCAGCUGGGACCUCCCAAACCUUUGUCUGUAAUGGAAUGGAAGGUCGUUAUGUCAACAUUGUGAUUCCUGGAAGACGAGAAUUCCUGACACUGUGCGAAGUGGAAGUCACUGGUCAGGCUUUAGAUACUAAUAUUGCUAGAGGUGGAAACGUGAUUCAGUCCUCCCUGUAUGAGAAAGAGGUCCCUGAAAGGGCCAUUGAUGGAAAUCGUGCUAGCAACCUCGGCCAGAGAUCCUGUAGCGUCACUAACAAUAAUUUUAAACCAUGGUGGAGACUGGACCUCCUGAAGACAUAUCAGAUCAACACUGUCACCAUCACCAACAGAGGAGAUUGUUGCCCUGAGAGAAUCAAUGGUGCUGAGAUCCGCAUUGGAAAUUCCCUCAAUGACAAUGGCAACGAUAACCCCAGAUGUGCUGUAAUCUUGUUUAUGGCAGCUGGGACCUCCCAAACCUUUGUCUGUAAUGGAAUGGAAGGUCGUUAUGUCAACAUUGUGAUUCCUGGAAGACAAGAAUUCCUGACACUGUGCGAAGUGGAAGUCACUGGUCAGGCUUUAGAUACUAAUAUUGCUAGAGGUGGAAACGUGAUUCAGUCCUCCCUGUAUGAGAAAGAGGUCCCUGAAAGGGCCAUUGAUGGAAAUCGUGCUAGCAACCUCGGCCAGAGAUCCUGUAGCGUCACUAACAAUAAUUUUAAACCAUGGUGGAGACUGGACCUCCUGAAGACAUAUCAGAUCAACACUGUCACCAUCACCAACAGAGGAGAUUGUUGCCCUGAGAGAAUCAAUGGUGCUGAGAUCCGCAUUGGAAAUUCCCUCAAUGACAAUGGCAAUGAUAACCCCAGAUGUGCUGUAAUCUUGUUUAUGGCAGCUGGGACCUCCCAAACCUUUGACUGUAAUGGAAUGGAAGGUCGUUAUGUCAACAUUGUGAUUCCUGGAAGACGUGAAUUCCUGACACUGUGCGAAGUGGAAGUCACUGGUCAGGCUUUAGAUACUAAUAUUGCUAGAGGUGGAAACGUGAUUCAGUCCUCCCUGUAUGAGAAAGAGGUCCCUGAAAGGGCCAUUGAUGGAAAUCGUGCUAGCAACCUCGGCCAGAGAUCCUGUAGCGUCACUAACAAUAAUUUUAAACCAUGGUGGAGACUGGACCUCCUGAAGACAUAUCAGAUCAACACUGUCACCAUCACCAACAGAGGAGAUUGUUGCCCUGAGAGAAUCAAUGGUGCUGAGAUCCGCAUUGGAAAUUCCCUCAAUGACAAUGGCAAUGAUAACCCCAGAUGUGCUGUAAUCUUGUUUAUGGCAGCUGGGACCUCCCAAACCUUUGUCUGUAAUGGAAUGGAAGGUCGUUAUGUCAACAUUGUGAUUCCUGGAAGACGAGAAUUCCUGACACUGUGCGAAGUGGAAGUCACUGGUCAGGCUUUAGGUAACACUGCUCCAACUGAUACUAAUAUUGCUAGAGGUGGAAACGUGAUUCAGUCCUCCCUGUAUGAGAAAGAGGUCCCUGAAAGGGCCAUUGAUGGAAAUCGUGCUAGCAACCUCGGCCAGGGAUCCUGUAGCGUCACUAACAAUAAUUUUAAACCAUGGUGGAGACUGGACCUCCUGAAGCCAUAUCAGAUCAACACUGUCACCAUCACCAACAGAGGAGAUUGUUGCCCUGAGAGAAUCAAUGGUGCUGAGAUCCGCAUUGGAAAUUCCCUCAAUGACAAUGGCAAUGAUAACCCCAGAUGUGCUGUAAUCUCGUUUAUGGCAGCUGGGACCUCCCAAACCUUUGUCUGUAAUGGAAUGGAAGGUCGUUAUGUCAACAUUGUGAUUCCUGGAAGACGAGAAUUCCUGACACUAUGCGAAGUGGAAGUCACCGGUCAGGCUUUAGAUACUAAUAUUGCUAGAGGUGGACAUGUGAUUCAGUCCUCCCUGUAUGAGGAAGAGGUCCCUGAAAGGGCCAUUGAUGGAAAUCGUGCUAGCAACCUCGGCCAGGGAUCCUGUAGCGUCACUAACAAUAAUUUUAAACCAUGGUGGAGACUGGACCUCCUGAAGACAUAUCAGAUCAACACUGUCACCAUCACCAACAGAGGAGAUUGUUGCCCUGAGAGAAUCAAUGGUGCUGAGAUCCGCAUUGGAAAUUCCCUCAAUGACAAUGGCAAUGAUAACCCCAGAUGUGCUGUAAUCUCGUUUAUGGCAGCUGGGACCUCCCAAACCUUUGUCUGUAAUGGAAUGGAAGGUCGUUAUGUCAACAUUGUGAUUCCUGGAAGACGAGAAUUCCUGACACUGUGCGAAGUGGAAGUCACCGGUCAGGCUUUAGGUAACACUGCUCCAACUGAUACUAAUAUUGCUAGAGGUGGAAACGUGAUUCAGUCCUCCCUGUAUGAGAAAGAGGUCCCUGAAAGGGCCAUUGAUGGAAAUCGUGCUAGCAACCUCGGCCAGAGAUCCUGUAGCGUCACUAACAAUAAUUUUAAACCAUGGUGGAGACUGGACCUCCUGAAGACAUAUCAGAUCAACACUGUCACCAUCACCAACAGAGGAGAUUGUUGCCCUGAGAGAAUCAAUGGUGCUGAGAUCCGCAUUGGAAAUUCCCUCAAUGACAAUGGCAAUGAUAACCCCAGAUGUGCUGUAAUCUUGUUUAUGGCAGCUGGGACCUCCCAAACCUUUGUCUGUAAUGGAAUGGAAGGUCGUUAUGUCAACAUUGUGAUUCCUGGAAGACAAGAAUUCCUGACACUGUGCGAAGUGGAAGUCACUGGUCAGGCUUUAGAUACUAAUAUUGCUAGAGGUGGAAACGUGAUUCAGUCCUCCCUGUAUGAGGAAGAGGUCCCUGAAAGGGCCAUUGAUGGAAAUCGUGCUAGCAACCUCGGCCAGAGAUCCUGUAGCGUCACUAACAAUAAUUUUAAACCAUGGUGGAGACUGGACCUCCUGAAGCCAUAUCAGAUCAACACUGUCACCAUCACCAACAGAGGAGAUUGUUGCCCUGAGAGAAUCAAUGGUGCUGAGAUCCGCAUUGGAAAUUCCCUCAAUGACAAUGGCAAUGAUAACCCCAGAUGUGCUGUAAUCUUGUUUAUGGCAGCUGGGACCUCCCAAACCUUUGACUGUAAUGGAAUGGAAGGUCGUUAUGUCAACAUUGUGAUUCCUGGAAGACGUGAAUUCCUGACACUGUGCGAAGUGGAAGUCACUGGUCAGGCUUUAGAUCCUAAUAUUGCUAGAGGUGGAAACGUGAUUCAGUCCUCCCUGUAUGAGAAAGAGGUUCCUGAAAGGGCCAUUGAUGGGAAUCGUGCUAGCAACCUGGGACAGGGAUCCUGUAGCGUCACUAACAAUAAUUUUAAACCAUGGUGGAGACUGGACCUCCUGAAGCCAUAUCAGAUCAACACUGUCACCAUCACCAACAGAGGAGAUUGUUGCCCCGAGAGAAUCAAUGGUGCUGAGAUCCGCAUUGGAAAUUCCCUCAAUGACAAUGGCAACGAUAACCCCAGAUGUGCUGUUAUCUCGUCUAUCAAAGCUGGGACCUCUCAAAACUUUGUCUGUAAUGGAAUGGAAGGUCGUUAUGUCAACAUUGUGAUUCCUGGAAGACGAGAAUACCUGACACUGUGUGAAGUGGAAGUCACUGGUCAGGCUUUAGAUCCUAAUAUUGCUAGAGGUGGAAACGUGAUUCAGUCCUCCUUGUAUGGGAAUGAAGUCCCUGAAAGGGCCAUUGAUGGGAAUCGUGCUAGCAACCUGGGACAGGGAUCCUGUACCCACACUAAGAAAGAUUUAAAACCAUGGUGGAGACUGGACCUUCUGAAGACAUAUCAGAUCAGCAAUGUCACCAUCACCAACAGAGGAGAUUGUUGCGCCUGGAGAAUCGAUGGUGCUGAGAUCCGCAUUGGAAAUUCCCUUGAUGACAAUGGCAACGGUAACCCCAGAUGUGCUGUUAUCUCGUCUAUCAAAGCUGGGUCCUCCCAAACCUUUGUCUGUAAUGGAAUGGAAGGUCGUUAUGUCAACAUUGUGAUUCCUGGAAGACAAGAAUACCUGACACUGUGCGAGGUGGAAGUCACUGGUCAGGCCUUAGGUAACACUGCUCCAACUGAUCCUAAUAUUGCUAGAGGUGGAAACGUCAUUCAGUCCUCCCUGUAUGGGAAUGAAGUCCCUGAAAGGGCCAUUGAUGGGAAUCGUGCUAGCAACCUGGGACAGAGAUCCUGUAGCGUCACUAACAAUGAUUUAAAACCAUGGUGGAGACUGGACCUCCUGAAGAUAUAUCAGAUCAACAAUGUCACCAUCACCAACAGAGGAGAUUGUUGCGCCGGUAGAAUCAAUGGUGCUGAGAUCCGCAUUGGAAAUUCCCUCAAUGACAAUGGCAACGAUAACCCCAGAUGUGCUGUUAUCUCAUCUAUCAAAGCUGGGACCUCCCAAACCUUUGUGUGUAAUGGAAUGGAAGGUCGUUAUGUCAACAUUGUGAUUCCUGGAAGACGAGAAUACCUGACACUGUGUGAGGUGGAAGUCACUGGUCAGCCUUCAGGAAACACUGCUCCAACUGAUACUAAUAUUGCUAGAGGUGGAAAGGUGAUUCAGUCCUCCCUGUAUGGGAAUGAAGUCCCUGAAAGGGCCAUUGAUGGGAACCGUGCUAGCAACCUGGGACAGAGAUCCUGUAGCGUCACUAAGAAAGAUUUAAAACCAUGGUGGAGACUGGACCUCCUGAAGACAUAUCAGAUCAACACUGUCACCAUCACCAACAGAGGAGAUUGUUGCGCCGGGAGAAUCAAUGGUGCUGAGAUCCGCAUUGGAAAUUCCCUCAAUGACAAUGGCAAUGAUAACCCCAGAUGUGCUGUUAUCUCGUCUAUCAAAGCUGGGACCUCCCAAACCUUUGUGUGUAAUGGAAUGGAAGGUCGUUAUGUCAACAUUGUGAUUCCUGGAAGACGAGAAUACCUGACACUGUGUGAGGUGGAAGUCACUGGUCAGCCUUCAGGAAACACUGCUCCAACUGAUCCUAAUAUUGCUAGAGGUGGAAAUGUGAUUCAGUCCUCCCUGUAUGAGGAAGGCAUCCCUGAAAGGGCCAUUGAUGGAAAUCGUGCUAGCGACUGGGAACAGGGAUCCUGUGCCCACACUAACUAUGAUUUAAAACCAUGGUGGAGCCUGGACCUCCUGAAGACAUAUCAGAUCAACACUGUCACCAUCACCAACAGAGGAGAUUGUUGCCCCGAGAGAAUCAAUGGUGCUGAGAUCCGCAUUGGAAAUUCCCUCUAUGACAAUGGCAACGGUAACCCCAGAUGUGCUGUUAUCUCAUCUAUCAAAGAUGGGACCUCCCAAACCUUUGUCUGUAAUGGAAUGAAAGGUCGUUAUGUCAACAUUGUGAUUCCUGGAAGACGAGAAUUUCUGACACUGUGCGAGGUGGAAGUCACUGGUCAGCCUUCAGGAAACACUGCUCCAACUGAUACUAAUAUUGCUAGAGGUGGAAACGUGAUUCAGUCCUCCCUGUAUGAGGAUGGCAUCCCUGAAAGGGCCAUUGAUGGAAAUCGUGCUAGUGACUGGGAACAGAGAUCCUGUGCCCACACUAACAAUGAUUUAAAACCAUGGUGGAGACUGGACCUCCUGAAGACAUAUCAGAUCAACACUGUCACCAUCACCAACAGAGGAGAUUGUUGCCCCGAGAGAAUCAAUGGUGCUGAGAUCCGCAUUGGAAAUUCCCUCAAUGACAAUGGCAACGGUAACCCCAGAUGUGCUGUUAUCUCGUCUAUCAAAGCUGGGACCUCCCAAAACUUUGUCUGUAAUGGAAUGGAAGGUCGUUAUGUCAACAUUGUGAUUCCUGGAAGACGAGAAUACCUGACACUGUGUGAGGUGGAAGUCACUGGUCAGCCUUCAGGAAACACUGCUCCAACUGAUCCUAAUAUUGCUAGAGAUGGAAACGUGAUUCAGUCCUCCCUGUAUGAGAAAGGGGUCCCUGAAAGGGCCAUUGAUGGAAAUCGUGCUAACAACCUGGGAGAGGGAUCCUGUAGCGUCACUAACUAUGAUUUAAAACCAUGGUGGAGACUGGAUCUCCUGAAGCCAUAUCAGAUCAACACUGUCACCAUCACCACCAGAGGAGAUUGUUGUUCCUGGAGAAUCAAUGGUGCUGAGAUCCGCAUUGGAAAUUCCCUCAAUGACAAUGGCAACAGUAACCCGAGAUGUGCUGUUAUCUCGUCUAUCAAAGAUGGGACCUCUCAAACCUUUGUGUGUAACGGGAUGGAAGGUCGUUAUGUCAACAUUGUGAUUCCUGGAAGACGAGAAUUUCUGACACUGUGCGAGGUGGAAGUCACUGGUCAGCCUUCAGGAAACACUGCUCCAACUGAUCCUAAUAUUGCUAGAGGUGGAAACGUCACUCAGUCCUCCCUGUACGAGAAAGAGGUCCCUGAAAGGGCCAUUGAUGGGAAUCGUUCUAGCAACCUGAGAGACGGAUCCUGUACCCACACUAAGAAAGAUUUAAAACCAUGGUGGAGACUGGACCUCCUGAAGACAUAUCAGAUCAACAAUGUCACCAUCACCAACAGAGGAGAUUGUUGCGCCUGGAGAAUCGAUGGUGCUGAGAUCCGCAUUGGAAAUUCCCUCAAUGACAAUGGCAAUGGUAACCCCAGAUGUGCUGUAAUCUCGUCUAUGGCAGCUGGGACCUCCCAAACCUUUGUGUGUAAUGGAAUGGAAGGUCGUUAUGUCAACAUUGUGAUUCCAGGAAGACAAGAAUACCUGACACUGUGCGAGGUGGAAGUCACUGGUCAGGCUUUAGGUAACACUGCUCCAACUGAUCCUAAUAUUGCUAGAGGUGGAAACGUGAUUCAGUCAUCCCAGCAUGGAAAUGCCGUCCCUGAAAGGGCCAUUGAUGGAAAUCGUGCUAGCGACUGGGCACAGGGAUCCUGUACCCACACUAAGAAUGAUUUAAAACCAUGGUGGAGACUGGACCUCCUGAAGACAUAUCAGGUCAACACUGUCACCAUCACCACCAGAGGAGAUUGUUGCCACGAGAGAAUCAAUGGUGCUGAGAUCCGCAUUGGAAAUUCCCUCAAUGACAAUGGCAACAGUAACCCCAGAUGUGCUGUUAUCUCGUCUAUCAAAGAUGGGACCUCCCAAAACUUUGCGUGUAAUGGAAUGGAAGGUCGUUAUGUCAACAUUGUGAUUCCUGGAAGACAAGAAUACCUGACACUGUGCGAGGUGGAAGUCACUGGUCAGGCUUUAGAUCCUAAUAUUGCUAGAGGUGGAAAUGUGAUUCAGUCAUCCCAGUAUGGGAAUGCCGUCCCUGAAAGGGCCAUUGAUGGAAAUCGUGCUAGCGACUGGGCAGAGGGAUCCUGUACCCACACUAACAAUGAUUUAAAACCAUGGUGGAGACUGGACCUCCUGAAGACAUAUCAGAUCAACACUGUCACCAUCACCAACAGAGGAGAUUGUUGCCCCGAGAGAAUCAAUGGUGCUGAGAUCCGCAUUGGAAAUUCCCUCAAUGACAAUGGCAAUGAUAACCCCAGAUGUGCUGUUAUCUCGUCUAUCAAAGCUGGGACCUCCCAAAACUUUGUGUGUAAUGGAAUGGACGGUCGUUAUGUCAACAUUGUGAUUCCUGGAAGACGAGAAUACCUGACACUGUGCGAGGUGGAAGUCACUGGUCAGGCUUUAGAUACUAAUAUUGCUAGAGGUGGAAACGUGAUUCAGUCCUCCUUGUAUGAGAAUGAAGUCCCUGAAAGGGCCAUUGAUGGGAAUCGUGCUAGCAACCUGAGAGAGGGAUCCUGUACCCACACUAAGAAAGAUUUGAAACCAUGGUGGAGACUGGACCUCCUGAAGACAUAUCAGAUCAACAAUGUCACCAUCACCAACAGAGGAGAUUGUUGCGCCUGGAGAAUCGAUGGUGCUGAGAUCCGCAUUGGAAAUUCCCUCAAUGACAAUGGCAAUGGUAACCCCAGAUGUGCUGUUAUCUCGUCUAUCAAAGCUGGGACCUCCCAAACCUUUGUGUGUAAUGGAAUGGAAGGUCGUUAUGUCAACAUUGUGAUUCCUGGAAGACGAGAAUACCUGACACUGUGUGAGGUGGAAGUCACUGGGACAGUAUCAUAGGAAAUUGAUUCUAAAAUAAUUUCUUCAUGUUCACUUAAUUUUAACGCUAGUCUAUGCAAGUUUGCGUAUUUGGUUUAUUUGGUUUUUGAUUCGCACACAGAGCAUAUCUGAAGUAAAAUACUUGGUAUUACAUAAGGUCAGGACAAUCGUAUGCUGAAGCUUUAUGUAAAACUGAUACAGAUGGUUGUUUUAUACAUUAGCUAACAUAAAAUAAAGGUUAUUGUUCAAAUUUAAAUAGCGAACAAAAGACAUACAGCUCUAGUAACUGAUUAUACCUACUAUUGUGUGCCAUGAGAGCAGCGAGAGAUGCAUUAUUAAACAGAACUGUGGGAAAAUGAAAGCAACGGGUGAGAAAUUAUAUACAGUGCACUGGCUGCAUUGUAUUUGUUGUAACUUUUCUUGUGCUUGUUUCUAUCUACUCUUCUUAAAUAUACUUGCAAAAUAAACAUUACUUUUUAAGC